UCCUAUUGUCGUAAUCGUUCGUCUAUUCGCCACUUCGUGUCAUAGUUUUGUGUUGAUUUGGUUGGGGCGUUGUAAAUGUAAAAAAGUCGAAUAAUGUGCAUUUAUUUAAUCUUUACGUUUUAUCGCCGUGCAUAGCAACAAUAAAAACAAACUAUUUUAGAACACAAACUGUAACAAACUCUGAAAAUGCUGUAAAACCUUGUUCUAAAAGUAUAGUUCUGCAGUCUUGUGGAUUGAUUUUUCGAAAAGGUUUUGCAAAAACUAGUGAUGCCGGAGCAAAGCAAUGAUUAUCGUGUUGUAGUUUUUGGUGCAGGCGGUGUGGGAAAGAGUUCUCUUGUAUUACGUUUUGUAAAAGGGACAUUUAGGGAGUCCUAUAUACCGACAAUAGAAGACACUUAUAGACAGGUUAUCAGCAGCAAUAAAACAAUAUGUACACUACAAAUAACUGAUACCACAGGAUCUCAUCAAUUUCCUGCCAUGCAAAGAUUAUCCAUAAGCAAGGGGCAUGCAUUUAUAUUAGUUUAUUCUGUAAGCAGUCGACAGUCACUCGAAGAAUUGAAGCCAAUAUGGCAGACAAUAAAGGAAAUAAAAGGCACUGAGUUACCAAACAUUCCAGUCAUGUUGGCGGGCAACAAAUGUGAUGAGAGUCCGGAGAUUAGAGAAGUUUCAGCUGCAGAGGGUCAGGCACAAGCUCAGACAUGGGGUGUAUCAUUCAUGGAAACAUCAGCUAAAACUAAUCACAAUGUUACUCAGCUCUUCCAGGAACUUCUGAACAUGGAGAAAAAUAGAAAUGUGUCCCUUCAAGUUGAUGGUAAAGGCAAAAAGAAAAAGGACAAGAUAGUAAAGGAGGGAGAACCAUCGGCCAGCGGAAGGGAGAAGUGUUGUGUUAUGUAAUACAGAUGAUGACCAUUUGGAUGUACCAAAGCAACCUUAAAUGACAGUUGUGAAUUAAUAAGUGAGGUAUGUAUUAAUUUUUUGCCACUUAUUAUGUUAUCAACUGUAUUACCAUCUAGUUUUGAUUCUAGUCAUUAAAUAUGUCCCGGGAGAUAUGAUCACGGAAUUAAGUAAUGAUUUUAAAUAAGUAGUGAUAAUAUCAAUAUGCCUUAGACUUAAUUUUCAUGGACUUUUAUGGUCACCUUCAUCAAAAUGUGUAUAUUUUGCUAAUAUUAAUAUUGUUUUAUUUACACUAGUUAUCGAAUAUUGACUGACGCAACAUUAUAUGGGUGUGAAAUCAUUCCAUGAGUGUUAAAAUACAACGAAGAGUCUAUAGGACUUGCUGUUAUUCAAUUGUACGCUAUUUAAUAUAUGUUAAAUAUUUAUCUGAAAAAAAUAUUGCUACAUUCACCUAAAUUUUUGCAUACUUUUAAUAUGAAGUUUAACAUUUGAUGCCUAGUUUUUACAUGAAUAUGCAAGAAUAAUAAUGUAAUUUGAUAAGAGUGAUUCUGAUAUUUAUUGUUGAUAAAUUGACCCAAUUUUCAUAUAAAUUGUAGUUGUUAUAGUAGGUGCUAGUUCAGACUUCAGUGCGGUAUAGAAAUUGCGCAAUUUCUGUUGCUUUUGUUAUUUUUUUACACAUUGUUCUCCGGUAUUGUCAUUGUGAGAAAAGAUAAUGGGUAUGUGCCAAAUUAGAAAGCAGUUUGUAGCAGUAGACAAGAAAGUUGUUUUUAGAUGGAAAAAUAUAGUAUGCAUUUUAACAUACAGACAAAAUUGUUAACAUUUCUUGUAUCUAUUAUGUUGAUUGAGUAUGGUGGUCAUUCAUUAUAUUGUUUUUCCUUGAUCUCAUUAAAAAAAAUCUUGCUUUAAUAAUUUAGCAUUUAACCGUCUCACAAUGACAGUAGUGUAAAAGGCUUAGGGUCUGUCCCACCACUGGCUGAUAGAGGCUCAGAUAGCUUAUAAAUGACAUCACUGUCGGGUAAGGUAACAGAAUCUGAUAUUUCCAUCACACAUUUUACAUGGAUUGUUAUCAGACAAUUUAGGAUUUGGUGGGACAGGCCCAUAAUAUAUAGUGGAUUUAAGCUAAAUAAGCAAUUAUUUUAUUUAACAAUGUUAAUUAUAAGUUAGUUAUGUAAAUGAGUAGCAGUCGCUAGUUUAUAAUGCACUUUAUUUAAUAUCAUUCACUUACAUAUCCAAUUAGUAUUGUCCAUAGUUUAACAUUUUAUCUAGUCAGUUGUUUGCUAUUGUCGCGUGAUCAAGUCAUAGUGAUGUUGGUUAUUUAACUAGUAUGUAGGUAAAGUUUUAUGUGCAUUAAGUGCUUAUAAAUAUAAAAUUAAUAUUAAUGCAGCAAAACAUUCAGUUUUGUUUGAAAUUUAAUUUAUUGUUCUGUUUGAUUUGUUUUCAAUGUUAACAGUUUUAGCUUAUUGGCAUUUGUGACCAUUUAGAAUGUAAAAGAUUGAAUUAAUUGUUAAACAUUGAAUUGUUGUAACUGGACCAAUGUUGUUUGAUGUUGAUCGAUGUAAUGUUACCAUAGGUUUGUUUACUUUGUACACAUAUUGUUUAUAAGGUCCUUUUUAUGUGACAUAUCGAUGACGUCACUGAACCCUGUACAAUAGGGUAUGUUUGGCGAAAAACCUAUAGGUGUUCUACUUACGUCAUCGAUGCUGAUUGCCUGUAUUUAUUGUUGAGUAAAAUCAUCGAAUAUUAGUAAUGAUAAUUUACAUGCAUCCGGUGAAUUAAAAAGGUUAAAGAAUUUUUACACAGAUUUAAAUAUAUAGGUCACCUUAGGACAAUUAUCAUUAAAUUAUUUGCAAAUUAUAUUGGAAUCUUAGAGAUGCCGAAAGUAACUAUACAAGUAUUUCUUCCCAAAAUCAUUUUGAACUUUUUGUACGUCCAUCGUCAGUUUAUAACCCACUGAGAUGGUCGUGUCUACCCAUUGUUAAGGUUGACUAAGCCAUAGUCAACCAUGCUGGCCCACUAUUGGUUAAUUUCAUACAUAUAUUUCAAUUUCUAAGUAAGUAAGUAAUUUAUUAAGUUUGUAUAUUAGUAUCUAUAUAUUUAAAUCUUUGUCACCACACACAAAAUGCCUUAGUGAGCUUACUAGUGUCAAUAAAAAGUUUUUUCUUGUUUAAUUGUAUUUUAUAACAAUUAUUGUUAAUUUUGAAGUUUUAUAAUAUCCAGUAUUGAUAAAAGGUGCCUUAGGCUACCAAAUGAGACACCAAUAUAUGUUUUCUUGGAUGUCUAAUAGUAAAUAAGGUUAAAGGUUGAUGUAAUGGGGCUGUUUCACUUUUUUCACUAUCUUUUUUUUUUAAACUUGUUAUUGUUUUUUUUUUUCGAUGUAGUUCGCGUUUGCACAUUUGCCUUACCUUAUGUAAUAGUUGUAGAUAUGUUAUGGAUCAAGUGAUUAGAAAGUGUUUAGUAUUUAAAUAAGACCUAAAAGUAUGUAUUAGUGCAGAAAAAUACCGUUAGUUACACAUACAAGUACAUAAUAAAAGAUGACAAUAAAUUACUUUUAAAUAGUAUUGGAAAGAUGAAAUGUUUGAAAUAUGAAUUGAUACUGGAUUGAAAUAUGGAAGUUUCAUCAGAAAGAUGGUGUGGUGUGAAUCGUCCCAACGAAAAAAAAACAUAGAAUCAAUUGGCCCAAUGGGAAAAAUCUGAUUGGGCUGAUUGAUGAAACACCUGAAAGAUGUCAGAUAUAUUAAAUUGUAGCAAAACUUAACUUAAGGUGUUAAUUAUUGCUCUCAGAAUGGGGUCAAUGUUACUAAGGGAGGUUCUUAGUGUAGAAUUGGUAUAAAACUUCUAACACUAAGGUGCAGCUUAAGUUAAUGUCUGCGGUAAUAAUAAUUAUUGGUUUUAAUUUGCUUAGCAAUUUAUUGAUCUCCUUUUUCUGUGUGAUAUUUUACUUUGAAAGCCAUCAUUGUAAGCUUAAUUUGACGUUAUAAAGCUUUUAUUUGAUUUUUUUACACAGUCGGUUUGGUCCAUAACAUAUUUUAAAACCUUAAUAUUACUAAUACCUUCAUGUUACAGAAUUAUUGUAAAUUCAUUGUUUUAAAUUAGUGCCACUUUUUGUCCCAAACGUUUUAAAACUACUAAAGCCAAGUUCGGUGCGAUUUUCAUGUAAACAACUCGAAAUUAUUCGCGUUUUCGAAUUGGUUUUUUUUUUAAUAUUUGAUAUCAAUAUCCAAGAAAUGGUUCAAAGUAUUUUUUUUUAAAUUCCGACAUCCAAAUAAGGUUGUGAAGCUUGUGCUGUUAUUUCGCAUCUAACUUGUCCGUAGUAUUGUUUAAAAGAAUGUUACCAGAAACUAAGAAUUCAUGUUUUUAAAUGUAUGUUUAUCUUAUUAGAACUAAAAAAGAUGUUUCCACUAUCAAAAGUAUUAUUAUCUCUUUUUCUAUUUCUUUUAAAAGACUAUUCUACUUAUUUUUUUUUAAUAUCUCAAAAUAAAGGUCUGGUAAUAAACUUCAUUUCUUCUACAAGUUGAGCAAUAUUUUUAUAUGGCUUUUGUAUAGAAAUGGAGAAAAGAAAAUGAAACGAACAUCGAAUAGAUAUUUAAAAGAGGGAUAAUGCAUAAAGUGGGAUUGUUAGAACUUAAUUAUAGAAAUAUAGUAUUCAUAGAAUGUACUUAGGCGCUCUUGGUAACUUGAACGAUUGGAAUAUUUAAUUAAAAAAAAUUAGCUAGUGUAGUUAAUCUUAUAAUCUACUCACUUUGAAAACAUGCAAAUUAAAAAUAAAGGUGUCAACACACAAGGCAAUAAUAUACAUAGUUUAAUGGCAAUUUAUUACCUGUCGAUUAUUAUCCUAUAUUCAAUUAAAUUAAGGCUAUCCCCAUCGUGUGAUGCUGUUUUUUUAUCGCACACCAUUUUAAAGUUUUAUCUUUAAUAUACGAUAAAUUUAGUAUCUGCUUUAUUACUAUGUUCUGGUAAUAAAAUAACACAUACUGGUGUAUUGUAAGAUUUAUUACUAGCUUGUAUUUACCAGUUGGUUGUAUGAAACAUAUUCGAGCUAAAUUUAUAAAUACCUCAAUCUUUUUUUAUCAUCAGAUUAAGCUGUAGCUAUUUGACAUAAUUUACUGUAGCAUUUUAUUAUAUUUUUACUUAAUAUUGAUAUAAAAUUAUCAGCAAAUAAAUAAAUAUUAUUACACAAAUUAUAGAAUUGCUAUCAUUACAAUUGGUGAUGAAUUCAAUGGAAACAGUAAGGUAUUCAUUGUGUUACAUCCUUGUAUGGACAUCUAUCUUAUGUAUUCCUACAACUUCUAUUACUACUCGUGCACAAUAACAUAGGAACAUAUUACUAUGACGUCACAAGUUCAAAUUUUAAAAAUAAUACUCGUAACGCCAUCUAUCAAUACGCAAUUAUGAAUUAUUUUUUACUAAGAGUGUGUUAUGUUAUUGUGGAAGAGUAAGUCGUUUCUCUAAAUUUUGUCUAAUGCUUGUUAAAAUUAUUACCUCAAGUGUAUCAUAAUUUACAAGGAAAUAGCAAAAAUGUUUCGACCAAUAGCACUAUAGAUUGUAAGUACUGGGUUUAAGGUUAGAUUUUGCUUAAUAUAAAUACUGUUGUAAUAUUUUUUAUUGUAAUAAUGCUUCUUACAUUUGAACUGAUUACUCCAAUUAUAUUUUUUAAUUUGUCUUAAAACACUUCUUACUAAAG